CGCAAAAUGGGCGCCUCGGACUCCAUCCACGUCGGCCCGCAGGCCACGCACAAGGUAUACAAGCUGUUCGGGCACGACAUUGUCCUCGACGUCCCCCUCCCGACGCUCAUCUUCGCGGCCUUCGGCGCGGCCGUGCUCCUGCGCUAUGUCUUCGGCUGGGUCAAGCUGCUCGCCGAGCUGACCAUCGUGCCGGGCGUGUCGCUCUCCAAGUUCAAGCACAAGAACCGCAAUACCACGUACGCGAUCGUCACCGGCUGUACCGCCGGGAUCGGCCUCGAGUUUGCGCGCCAGCUCGCCGGCAAGGGCUUUGGGCUUAUUCUUGUCGGACGCCGCCAGAGCGCGCUCGACGAGCUCGCCAAGGAGAUUGAGGCCAAGUACAAGGUCCCCACCAAGACCGUCACUGCCGACGCUGCCGACGCGGCGUCGCUCCACGCGUCGGUGGCCCGCAUCGCCGCGGCCGCCUCGUCGGUCGACGUCGGCGUGCUCAUCAACAACGUUGGCGCGAGCCACGAGAUGCCCGUCGCGUUUGCCGAGACGGACCCGGCCGAGAUUGACGCGAUUGUGCAGACCAACAUCUCUUGGACGCUGCAGCUCACGCGCGCCAUCCUCCCGCAGCUCGUCGCGCGCUCCAACAAGCCCGGCGCGCCCAAGUCGCUCGUGCUCAACAUUGGCUCGCUGUCGGGCCGCAUCCCCUCGGCCCUGCUCGCUGCCUACUCGUGCACCAAGGGCGGCCUGCAGACGUGGAACACGGCCGUCGCGACCGAGGUCGAGCCCCAGGGCGUCUACUUCCGCAUGGUCUUCCCCGCCUUCGUCGUGUCCAACAUGAGCAAGAUCCGCCGCGCGAGCAUCACGGUUCCGACUGCGAAGGCGUUCGUCUCGUCGACGCUUGGCUCGAUCGGCCUCGCGCGCGGCGCACAGGGCCGCCCCUACGACUCGACGCCGUACCCGUCCCACGCGCUCCUCGACUACUUUGUCGGCCUGUUUGGCAGCACGUCCGAGGCUAUCGGCGUCGGAGUCAUCCUCUCUAUGCACAAGGACAUCCGUAAGCGUGCCCUCAGGAAGAAGGCGCGCGAGGCGGAGAAGAUUGGCAAGCAGGAGUAAGAAGGCAGUGACGACCGAGUGGCCAGCCAUUGCCACGCGCCGCUACAAGUUUGACACACCACCGCCGCCUUCACAUACACCCUAUGCCCUCUACACACCCUGCCCCUUAGCCCACUUCCAUACUGUAGAUGC